AUGUCCGUCUGCUCGAACAGUAUUAUGAGGCGAACAUCAGUGCGCGUUGCGAUGGAUGACAUGAAGAAUGAUAUCAUGAACGAGAUGGGCCCAGACUUGCUGAACGGCGGGAAUGGAGUCAAUGAACCGACAAGAGUCGAACGCCUCGAGUCGCUUCUGCUUGACGUGCCACACACUGAGAUCGCUGUAGACCAGAAUGGUGUCACCCGGAAACGACCGCGAGCCGGAGACGAUCUGCAAGUGAAACUGCUCAGAACUUUACAGAUUUUGAUCAAGAGGCAGGAAAACGAGGAUGCAAGCGAACGAAUGGCUAACGAGUGGAGGCAUGUGGCGCAGGUUAUCGAUCGACUGCUGUUCUGGAUCUUCUUCGUGGCAACCACGAUCAUCACCUUUGUGCUGCUUGUGCUCAUUCCGUCGCUUCCUCAUCACACUUAUGAUGACGAGGAAUAG